AAGGAAGCAAAUAAUUUGAGAUGAAGUCAUGAAGUUAGAGUAAGGUAGAAGCUGUAGAAGACACAAAAGCAAGUAAGCAGUAAUCCAGUUCAUAAUUUGGCGCUUCUGUUAUUUUCCUCUCUUCUUUAUCCAUUUACUCUCUCUCUCUUCAAUUUCCCAAAUCGCCGACGCUUAUAUAGGACCCACAAUAUAGUCUCACUCUCAACAAGCCUACCAUUAUUUCUUACAACCAUUUCUCAUUUCUAUACCACACUCUUAACUCUUAACUCUUAACCGACAUCAUACCACCAUUAAUGACAUAAUUCCAUUUUUUUUAGCUAUAAAAACCAUUUGUAUACUCUUUCAAAUUUGUCCUACUUUCAGUUUGGCUAAAAUUGUGAUUGAUAAAAAUACUAAAAAUGAAGUUUGUUACUGUUACUUUGUCAUCAAUGGUAGUAUUAGUAGUAAUUGAAAUGCAUUUUGGUGUUGCAUUUGGUGGGUGUCAAAAAACUCCUGUAAUAUUUAACUUUGGUGACUCCAACUCGGACACUGGUGGACUCACUUCUGGACUCGGUUACCAGAUCAAUCCUCCUAAUGGUCGCUCCUUCUUUGGCCGCCCUGCUGGCCGCCUUUCUGAUGGUCGACUUAUCAUUGAUUUUCUUUGCCAAAGUUUAAAUACAAAAUUUUUGAGCCCAUACCUGGAAUCAUUGGGGUCUAAUUUCGAAAACGGGGCGAAUUUUGCUAUAGUAGGGUCUACUACACUCCCUGAAUAUAAGCCAUUUGCUUUGAAUGUUCAGGUUAUGCAAUUUCAUCAUUUCAGAAGCCGUUCCCUUGAACUUGCUGCGACAGGAGCAAAAGGGUUUUUUGAUGAACAACAGUUCCGAAAUGCGCUCUACAUGAUAGAUAUUGGGCAAAAUGACCUUGCUGAUUCAUUCUCCAAAAAUCAUUCAUAUGCACAAGUCGUCAAAAUUAUUCCUCUGGUAAUUGGAGAAAUAAAGAAAGCAGUGAAGACAUUGUAUGAUCAAGGAGGAAGGAAAUUUUGGAUUCACAACACAGGGCCGUUAGGCUGUCUACCUCAGAAACUAUCGUUAGUACAACAUAAAGAAGGCGAUGUUGACACAGCAGGAUGCAUCUCAAGUUACAACUCUGCUGCACAACUGUUUAAUGCAGCACUUCUGCAUUCGUGCCAAGAGAUGAAAUCAGAGUUAGCAGAUGCUACAAUUGUUCAUGUUGACAUAUACUCCAUCAAGUACGACAUAAUAAGCCAUGGUGUGAAACACGGAUUCUCAAGUCCAUUAAUGGCUUGUUGUGGAUCUGGUGGACCUCCAUAUAAUUAUAAUAUCCAUAUGACUUGUGGUAAUUAUGGUUCCCAACCUUGUAACAAUGGAUCUCAAUCUGUAAGUUGGGAUGGGAUUCAUUAUACAGAAGCAGCUAACGCGAUUGUAGCCAAAAGAAUACUUUCUAUGGAUUAUUCGACUCCGAAGAUGCCGUUUGAUUUCUUUUGUUAGAUAUAAGUUAUAUGAUCAUCGACUCUGCAAUUGUUGUGUAUUGUACCUGGGAUUAAGAUGGCUAAGUGUACUAAUAAAAAUAAAUUAUUUGUAA